UCGGAAUCAUCGGCAAAUCGUAAACGUGGAUCACACCGACGAAAAAGCUCAAGUUCAUCGUUUGGUGGUGGUACUGGUGGUGGUGGUGGUGGUGAUUCAUUGCGUCGCCGAAAACGCAUCGAUACCGAAAGUAGUAGUUUGCAUGGAUCGGGCUUAUCGCUUUUUGAACCGCUUCAAGUUGAUUAAUGAUUAUGAAGGUAUUCGGGAUAAAAAAUCAACCGCAAAUGGACGAAAUCAAGUGAAACGUAAUCGAUACGUAUCGUCGCCCAUCCAAUGGACAUAUGCACAUAAUCAACAUGAAUCCAGUUCAACAAAUGAUCGUACUGAUUUCAUUGAAAUUGUAUCGGAACCAGAGGAAAUGUGCCGUACACAACGUUCGUCCAUGGUCCAACCAAAUACAAGCAAAGCGAUCAAUACACGACCAACAAACAACAAUGGUUAUGAUACACCGAAAAAGCCCAGCCAAUCAUGCGAUGAUUCAAAUGCAUUUUCUAUAUGGGAACGUGAUACAAAUGAGCACACAAUCAUUUUUCAUCAUAAAAGCGAUGUGGGCGAUAAAUGUUGCGAUAACUAUUGUCCACGCAACGAAUCUGAUACGGAAAUGGAAAUUAAUGCUGACCGCAGCUUCACCACAAAAAUCAGCGACGACGAUAAUAAUUGCACACCAAAUGGCAAACAAAAAAAUUGCUGCAAAUCGAUGUCAACGUCACUCGAACUACUGAAUAAUUCGAUGCCAUUGUCAAAUGUUGGUGGAAAUACUAGUAGUCAAUCUACAGCAUUGGCCAAUUUUCAAAAGAAUAACAUCUCACAAACGGGAUCACAUCGACUUUUGGACCUAUCAUCGGAUAUACGUCGUUAUUCAAAAAUUACCAAUUUCGAACAACAAAACGCAUCAAAUCUACUGCCAAACUAUUUAACGCGGUCAUCAAAUACAAAUCUUAAUGAACCGUCAACCGCAACAUCAUUCGAAUUAUUUAAUAUACCGUCAACAUCAACAAUGUACGAUAAACCAUUUGGAAGUAUUAAUUUAACAACACAAAAUCAUUUCGAAUCACAAUCAUCAUCUUCAGGCACCGGAACACAACGUCAACAUGUGAACAAUUUUAACAGUAAUAAUGAUAGUUAUAAUUAUAGCAAUGUUAGAACUGAAAAUACGACAUCGAACAAUAAUCAAUUAGACGCUUGGAUGGAUGGUGAUAAUCAGCAAACGAAUGCAGGCGGUCAAUCAUUCAAUUCGACCACCGUUGUCACCGCCACCCUCACCGGCACCCAUGCAAAUGGUUUAUCCAAUGACCAAAAUAAUUUGAGUUCAAAUUAUCUCUUUACUCAACACACCACACCGCAAUUGAAUACAAACCAUACAACCACAACUAACACUGAUAACAGCCAUAACAAUAAUCUACCAAUUAUAUUAAACAACAAUAAUGAUAAUAGCGAUACGGAUCAGUUUGGUACAUUACGAACCAAAUUCAAAAAAAUUCGAAAAUUUUUCACCAAAAACUAAAAUUGAAAACCGAAUUGACAAAUGAGAAUGAAGAAGAGUGCUUGCAAAAGUUGACAUUAGGCAAUUUAAAAUGAGAAAAAUAGAGAUUGAUCGAACUAGCAAUUAAAUAUAUUUAAUUGAAUGCAUGCUUCUAAAUAAAAUCAACAUUUAAAAAAAAACGCUUUAUUACUAUCAGAUGAUCAAAAGAAGAUAACGCAAAAAUUUCAUUGUUCAACACACACACACUUAUACACAGGAAAAUGGUAGUAAUGCAGUUAGUCGUUUACAGCACAUAAUGUUUGUAAAACAUUUCGUAUUUAGAGAACAAUUAUGGCAUACAAUAAAGAACAAUAACAAAACAUUAAUGAAGAAAAUAAAAACCAAAUCCUCGACAACACGUUUUAAUUGAUUAUUAUGUAGAGUAUACACACAAGAGAUAAACCCCACAAAUUAUUUUAGGAUUCCUAUUAAAAAAUGAAUUUGUUAGGUUUCCUUAUAAAAUCGCAAUAUUUUAACAGGAAUCCUAAUAAAUUGGCGCGCUUAAACGUCAAAGCCAACCUCACUGUGUUGAAACAAAACAUGUUUUAUUAUUUAAAGGUUUCCUAAUAAAAUGUUGCCAUAUUAUAAGGAAACCUUACAAAUUAAUAUUUUAAUAGGAAUCCUAA